AUGUUCAUCCCCUCGGCGCAGACCAUCCUCACCGCCGGCCUAGCCGCGAUGCGCACCGGGACAGGGCCCCGCGUCAUCACCGAGGGCAGCGUCCUGGACUUCGCGGUGGAGCGCUGCGUCGACGCCGAGGGCCGCACGCGGUGCUCGGCGCCGUUCGCGGUAGCCGGCCCCGCGGCCGGCGGUCCCGCCUGCUACGACUUCGCCUGGCACACCGAGGGCCCCCUCACGCACACCACCGCCGAGGUGCGCGACGCCGCGUCGGGCGCGCUCGUCUUCUACCGCGACACGGACGGGGAGUGGCGGCCCGAGAAGGGCGAGCUCGUCUACCUCGAUUUCAAGCCCAAGGUGCCCUCCACCGGCAACCAAACCGUGCACUACAAGGUGACGACGUGCGAGUGA